UGGAAUUGAAAUGAAUCUCUCUAUGAAAGGGAUGGCCGAAUCUGCGGUCCUCCAGGUGUUGCUACGGGCAUCCAUUGGCAGUCAUGUGGGACAGGACAGUCCUGGGGUUUGAAGCUCAACAUCCACUGGGGCUCCGUAGUUUUGGUCUGGCGUCUAUUGUCCUGUAGCUUAUACCUUCACGGAUGUGAGGGGCUUCGCUUGUUUGGUUUAAUGGAUCUCACUUUGUGCCUGGGGACAAUAUUAAGCUCAAACAGAAAAGGGCCUUACCCAAACUGUUGUCACAAAGUAGGAAGCAGGGAAUUGAAAAUAAUCUAAUUACUCCUUUUUCACUGUAACUUUGUUUUCAUUCGAUGGAAGCAGGAGCCCUAGUCUAAACCAGCCACAAACCUUUAUCAUUUAUUUCCCCACCAAUCAGCAUUCUGCAUUCAACCUGGCAUCUGCCAAAUCGAAUCCUUUCUGCCAGACAGCCAGGUGGUGAAAUGCCAGUGAUCAUUCCACAAGCCUUCAUAUCACUUUAUCCAUUGCAUGUGGGAUAUUUUACAUUUGCUAUCCUGUUAUAUCACCCACAGAAACCCUCACAGCCCUACAAAUGGCUCUUGUGCUGAUAAUAUUGUUUCUGAAGUCCGUUCAGCACUCUGCAGUGAUUGUUCCAAUCAGACCACACAAGCCAAAAUGGAGUCAAUGCUAAAUAAACUGAAAAGCACUGUCACAAAGGUAACCGCCGAUGUUACUAGUGCUGUAAUGGGAAACCCUGUGACAAGGGAAUUUGAUGUAGGAAAACAUAUAGCAAGUGGUGGUAAUGGACUUGCUUGGAAAAUCUUCAACGGCACCAAGAAAUCUACAAAACAGGACGUUGCAGUGUUUGUUUUGGACAAAAAAAUAAUUGAUAAGUAUCAGAAAUAUGAAAAGGAUCAGAUUAUAGACUCGCUUAAAAGAGGCGUUCAACAGUUAACCCGGCUCCGGCACCCUCGGUUACUUACUGUGCAGCAUCCACUUGAAGAGUCUAGGGAUUGCCUUGCAUUUUGUACUGAACCAGUGUUUGCGAGUCUAGCCAAUGUGCUUGGGAGUUGGGAUAAUCUUCCAUCUCCACUUCCUCCCGAAAUCAGAGACCAUAAACUUUUUGAUUCUGAAGCAAAAUAUGGAUUGCUCCAGGUCUCUGAAGGCUUGUCAUUUUUGCAUAGCAGUGUUAAGAUGAUCCAUUCAAAUCUUACACCAGAAAAUAUAAUUUUAAACAAAAGUGGAGCAUGGAAAAUAAUGGGCUUUGAUUUCUGCAAUCCGACAACUAACCCCUCAGAUCAAGAGGCAAAGUUUGUGUGUAAAGAAUGGGAUCCCAAUUUACCGCCGCUGUGUCUGCCAAACCCAGAAUAUCUGGCUCCUGAAUACAUAUUAUCAGUGAGCUGUGACCCUGCUAGUGACAUGUACUCACUGGGAGUUAUUAUCCAUGCAGUAUAUAACAAAGGGAAAACUAUUUUUGAAGUAAACAAGCAAGAUAUUUAUAAAAGCUUCAGCAGGCAAUUGGACCAGCUGAGUCGUUUAAACCCAAAUGUGCUUGUGAACAUCCCAGAAGAAGUCAGAGAACAUGAAAAGCUUCUCUUGAAUGUAACUCCUGCCGUGAGACCGGAUGCAGAUCAAAUUACAAAGAUACCCUUUUUUGAUGAUGUUGGAGUUGUAACUUUGCAGUACUUUGAUUCCCUUUUUCAACGAGACAAUCUUCAGAAGUCACAAUUUUUUAAAGAGUUACCAAAAGUUCUUCAAAAACUGCCUAAGCGUGUGGUGGUUCAGAGAAUAUUACCAGCGUUAACUUCUGAAUUUGUAAACCCUGACAUGGUACCCUUUGUCCUUCCCAAUGUUCUGCUGAUAGCAGAAGAAUGCACAAAAGAAGAGUAUACAAAGCUUAUCCUGCCAGAGCUGGGACCUGUUUUCAGGCAACAGGAACCAAUUCAGGCUAGCAACAUGAUUCUUCUAAUUUUUCUGCAAAAAAUGGAUCUUCUUCUUACAAAGACCCCAUCAGAUGAAAUCAAAAAUAGUGUUUUGCCUAUGGUCUACAGGGCUCUUGAAGCUCCCUCAAUACAGAUUCAGGAGCUGUGCCUCAACAUCAUUCCUUCAUUUGCCAACCUAAUAGAUUACCCAUCUAUGAAGAACUCUGUAAUACCAAGGAUAAAAAAUGCUUGUUUACAAACUUCAUCUCUUGCUGUACGUGUAAAUUCUUUGGUUUGUUUGGGAAAAAUUUUGGAAUACCUGGAUAAGUGGUUUGUAAUUGAUGAACUAUUGCCUUUUUUACAACAAAUUCCAUCCCGAGAACCUGCAGUCCUCAUGGGAAUUCUAGGUAUUUACAAAUGUACGUUUACGCAUAAGAAACUUGGUAUUACCAAAGAGCAACUGGCUGGCAAAGUGCUACCGCAUCUUAUUCCUCUUAGUAUUGACAAUAACCUUAACCUCAACCAGUUUAAUUCUUUUAUGGCAGUAAUUAAAGAGAUGUUAAAUAAAUUGGAAUCUGAACACAAAACCAAACUUGAGCAAAUCCAUACUAUGCAAGAACAGCAAAAGUCACUGGAUAUAACAAGCCAACUCAACCUUAGUACAGAACAACAGCCCUCCAAGUCUGCUAAUCAGACAAACAUUUUUAACAGCAUUGGGCAAGAUUUGCUGUCAGGUGUCAGCGACAAGAAGGAAACUGGGCAGGUACAGAAGCAGCAAGUAAAGGCAUCACUUACACUUGAAGAGAAGCAAAAACUAGCAAAAGAACAGGAGCAAGUCCAAAAGUUAAAAAGUCAACAGCCACUUAAUCCUAGCACAGUAACCCCCGUGGCAUCUGCAAAACGGACCAAGGACCUGACCGCAACUCUCAUGGAAAACAUGUCAUCCUUGGGUAGUCUCUCAACCGGUAACUCUAAACCAGCCAUUGGUGGAUAUGCUCCGAUGACUAAUAUGGCUGCAAAUAUUGGAUUUCCCACACCAGUAGACAAUGUGAGCGCAAAUAGAAAUAUGCAAAAUGGACUUAACUCAAACCCAACUUUUAAUCCAUCUGGAUUCACCAUGGGAGCUGGAAAUCCAAACCAAAAUUUCUUUGGCAGCACAGGCCCUGUAGGAAUGAGCAAAGGUACUACAAUGCCAGUGCCUUCAAACAUGCACAAUUUUAAUUCCUUGGGCAUCACUACUGGCAUGCUACAACAGAGCCAGAACAUCAGACCCACUGCUAACAUCUCUUCUGUAGACAAUUUGUUUGGUCCUCAGAAACCCAAAGUGAGUAUGAACCAAAUGUCUCAACAGAAUCAAAAUCCUUGGCUCAACCAAUUUGUACCCUCACAAGGUUCUCUGGCCCCAAGUGGCCCAGCAACACAGACUGGCAUGAUGAAUCAAGUUGGCUUUGGCACUCAGUCCAACCCAUUUUUCAACCCACAGAGCUAUACUCAGCCAACAAAUACUAUGAAAAGUAGUAGUUCGGCCAGCAAUGACCUGAAAGACCUUUUUGGCUAGAUCUCUUUUUACAGUAUCUUUUGUAAUCAUAGAUAAACUCUUUGGCAUUUACAUUUGUUUAUGAUCCACCAUUGUACAAUACAAAUGUCCUGCCCUGCAAUUUAUUGCAGUCCCUCUCCUAUAUGCUAUACAGUAUAUACUGUGUGUGUGCGCGUGUAUGUGUGUAUAUAUAAAUAUUCUAUAGGUAUAGAUAUUAUAAGGUCAUGGAACUCCGAGAUGACUUAUAAUAUCUUCAUAUUUUUCAGUGAGUCAUGUGAGAAAAGACAUCACUAAGCUCCAAUUAUAACUGUUUUCAUCACUAAGCACUGUUUAUAAACAUAUGAUUUACAGGAUUUUCAUGGCUCGUGUAUAUAUAUAUAUAUAUAUAUAUAUAUAUAUAUAUAUAUAUAUAUAUAUAUAUAUAUAUAUAUAAAAUAUACACGUACACACCCAAUUUCAUAUUUUUAAAAUUCAAGUUGCAUUUUCUUUUGUGGGGAGGAGGGUUACAAACAAAACUGUUAUAGUGUUUUACUGCAUCUUCCUCAGGGCAAGAACAUUUUUACAUUGAACACUGAUUCAGCCAAGAUUUCCAAAAAAAAAUCAAGAAUUUUUAUUUAUUUUUUGUUGCAUUCUCUGAACAACUAAUCUCUUCCCAAAAGCACUUUUGUCCAUCAUUAGGCUACCAUUCAAAUGAUUACUUUGUACCAAAUGAAUUUACGAAAAAGAAAAACAUUCCUCACAUCUCUGUGUAUGCUGCUGUGUAUUAAAGUUGAUAAUAAGAGGCGCCUGAUUAAAAGGUAACCUUUCUUUCCGACAGCUCUAGAUGUCUGUUUGUGUCUUUGCAUGUGCUGAGCACAUUGUUUUUAAAAGCGUAUCUUUUGUUCAUAAAUAAAUUGUGAUUUCAUUUUAACUUGAUUAUUUUGUUGCAGCACAUCUUGUACCUUAUUGUUUUUUUUUUUUUAGAAUUUUAUUUUUUUGAAAGGUCAUCAAUGCUAAAAAGUCCACUUCAUUAUACAAGAGCAGGCUUUUACACUCAGAGUUAAUGUAUAAUUAUAUUUUGUGCUUCAGUAGAGCUUAUCAUUUUAAUAUGGUGUGAACAAGGGGUAAUAGUUUUGCUCACUUCAUUUGCAUCUUUAGUAGUAACCAGUGGAGCUGCCCCUUUUAGUGCUUAGAGUAUUGCUUUGCAUAGCUGUGAACCUUCCACUGAAUAAAUGAGUCCGUUUAGACAAGGUAGAAGGUGCAGCAGCCUAAUUUUCUAGACCAAUAUAUUAAGGGAUAAAAGGUUCAAACUUUUUUUUUGCCUUUUUUAAGCUUUAUAUCUGACUCUGUUAUAUAUAUGUUAUCUGUAAGUGAAAAAUAUACUCUUGAAUUAGCAAAAUGGAUUCUAUCAAAGAUGCUGUAAAACGUGGCAUUUUGUUCUCUUUGUUACUUUUGUUUGCACAUUUAUGUUGUCCUAAAUGUGUAGGUUCCAGUAAGUUGCUGCUAGUGU